UUUCUCAAAAUUAAUCUGGUUAAGUCUUUGCAACCAGUAUCUGAGAACAAAUUACUGAAAUAUGCGGAAUGUGAGUACAGAGUACAGCACAACGGCCAGGCGGAUUAGAGGGGCUCAGGGGACGCCCAGGUCAUCCUAGCUGUGGAAACUCUGGCAGCAUCGGGGCCUUUGUGGGUUACCUGCGCUGAGCUGCAUUUGGCCAUUUGGGCGGUGUCUGCUGGGGCCGGGAAUGUGUGUUGGUUAAGCUUAUCCAGGGAGGAGCUUGUAAGCCAGGCAAGAGGGAAAGCCACACGGGGUGCGGAACAGAGUGGCACCACUUAUCUUCCAGAUAAUGGCUCUUACACUUGACCCCGGGACAGCCAGAGAGCGAUGAGUCAGAACAGAGAUGUAAUUGAGAGCCCGCAGCCUGGAAUGAGGCGAGUUCUGCCCUGGGAUUGCUCACCCUUCUCCUAGAAAGAGGAGGAGCCAGGUCCACCCAAGAGGGAGUCUGCACCUGGAAUUCAGCACCCGGGAGGUCACCCCGAAGGCCCUGUGGAAGAGCCUGUGUCCUGUGAGCAGCAUUACUGGGUCAAGAUGACCGCUCCCACCACUUUGCAGGAUUCCACCUUCUUCUCUCUGAAUGUGACGAGGGAGGAAGACUUCCUCUAUAAGAGUGCUGGAGCCAUCAUCGCCGCCAUUGUUGUGGUCAUCAUCAUCAUCUUCACCGUGGUUCUGAUCCUGCUGAAGGUGUACAACAGGAAAAUGCGGAUGCGGCGGGAGCUGGAGCCCAAGGGCCCCAAGCCAGUUGCUCCUCCUGCUGCCGUGGACCCAAACAGCAACGGCAGCCAACAGCCUGCAGCUGUGACCUUCAACCCUGCUGACCUCCACUCGGAGACUCGGUGACCCCUGUCCCGCCGCCAUCUGUGCCCCUGUCCAAAGAGCUUUCUCCAGAGUGCAGACCGGAAGCACACUUCUCUGGCAGCUUCACUAUGAGUUCCUUCCGGUCAGGCCGACAGAGCAUCUUUCACACAAUCCCUGCUGCUUCCUUAACCUUACCCCGCCCUGGCUCACCCUGGCUGUGUCCUCGUCUCCGCUGUCACCCUGUCAGAAAGCUGUGGGACGUUAUUUUACCAUCAGAUGAGAAAGAGCUCUGCUGGGAAUCCACUCAAGUCGGUCGGGCUGUCUCCUCACAAAGGCUGGAGCUAGACAGACAGACCCGCUUGCAGACAGAUGGACAGACAUAUAGCCCUGACUCUUUUGGUCGGGAGUCGGGGGUCAGGGGAUGCUGCUAAGAGUGUUGCCCAGGCUCUGCCACUGGGCUCGUCUUAGACUCAGUGCCAGAUCCACAGCUUUGCAGAGUAAACUACUCCACCCUCCACCCCGUCAUCAUCGGGGGCAGGGGAGCUAACUUGGACUAACCAGAAAGCCAGCUUGUUAAUUUGUAACCUCUUCCACUCCGGGAUAACCAGUGAUUGCUCAACACAGUUCCCUUCCUUUAGGAAAAGUUACAAGAAAAGUGGACCCAAGAGAUUUCUGCUAGUAAAGAAUCAGUAGAAGGCACAGGGUGACCUAGAGCUUGUUGCAUUGUCCGAGGCCUUGACCAAUCCUGGUAGCUGGGCAGGCCCUUACGGUCUUGCUAACCCUUUACCUUCCAGGACCCAUAUUUGGAGAUGAUUACAUUGCAGCUCUUAGGCUGAGGAUAUAACUCAGUGGCACAAGCGCCUGCCUAGCAAGCGCAAGGUCCUGAGUUCGAUUCCCGGUACUAGCAGAAAAAAAAUACUGUACAUUGCAGCUCUUUACCUCUGCUCUUUCUGGGCACCAAGAAGAGACUCUAGACAAUAUCUGCAGCAGCACAUUCCCAGACCAUUUCUCUGUAGAGAGCUAGGCUGGAGAACAAUCUCCAGAUAAGGGGAAACAUUUUGUAAUUAAGAAGACUUGCCCUCAAGCCCUGCUCUCUGGUGUGUGGCCUUGGCAAAGUGACUCAACCUUUCCAUGUUUGGUUUCCUAAUAACCACGAAGUGGAAAGGGCAGUACUGGCCUCCCUGGGUUGUUCUGAGUCAAGGGCUGCACAAGCAGCUUGAAUGCAGUGCCUGGUGCCCAGGAGAUGCUUAGUAAAUAACAGGCAUUAUGCAGAGACCCUGGGUUCAAUCCCCACUACUAAGAAAAAAAUUAAAUGAAACAAAACUCCCUUGAAUAGCUUUGGAGAAAUACUAGGAAAUUCGCCCUUCCUCCUCCUCUUCCAUCUUUUCUUCCUUCUACGCUUAAAUUUCCUCCAAGUACCAUGCACUCUGAAAGGUAUUUUUGCAUCAGUUAUCUUAUAGGAUUUAAUUUUUCCAAUAGCCCUGGGAGGUGUUAUUUCCCACUCACAGAGGAGAAUUUU